AUGCGGUCAAUCAGGCUGAUGCUUGUUCCAGGGCUGCUGUUCGCAGCCUUGGUAAACCUCGUGGAGGCUGAUCGAAUACCACUUUCUAAAUUGUUUCGUUAUACUGUCGAACCUAACAUUGCUGGUAGUUGCAGUGAGUAUGGAGAGGAUACCCUGAAUGCCAUUGCCGAUGAUGCCUAUGCGUUAGCUACACAUGGGUCUCAAGCCAUGAGCGACUUCCAAAACACCGACGCGGCCACGCAUGAUGCGGUAAAGCGAUUGGUGGAUACCAUGUUUUUUAGACCAUCCGAUGAUGAGUUCGAAACCGUGAGAACGAGAGUUGAUGGUGUGAGGUCUUGGAUGGAGACAGGCGGCAAUGUCAACAAUGGACAGAACAAAAAAACUUAUCUCUUCUGUGGCGACUCGUGGGCAAUUCGCAAGGACAUGAAAAGCCAAAUGAAGGAUAAAGACGGAAACAAUAUAGUCUUUAAAUCGAGUGGCAAACCUAUCCGUAUCAAGGACAGCAAAACAAUGAACAAAGCCCGCGAAGACCUUGCCAAAAAGAUAGGUACCAAGGAAAGUAGGCUCUUUCCGUGA